CUGUCUGGGUUCUCCACCUGGUCUUAGGACUGAGCACCCUGCCAACCACAUCAGAGCUGUUUCCACAGGAUUCCUGUUGGAGCAGAGUCAGAAUGAGUGUCUGGAACCCACCCAGACUCCUGGGCCUGGCGGGAAAGAGCCUGCUGAGGGAUGAGGCCUCAAACAUCACUGCUCUGGAGUAUCUGCCCAUCGAGCUCUUCCCCCCACUGUUCAUGGAAGCAUUCUAUGGGAGUCGCAGUGAGACCCUGAAGGCCAUGGUGCAAGCCUGGCCCUUUGUCCGCCUGCCUCUGGGGGGCCUGAUGAAGAUACCUCAUCUGGGAACCUUACAAGCAGUGUUGGCUGGGCUUGAUAUCCUGCUUGCCCAGAAGGAUCGCCCCAGGAGGUGCAAACUGCAGGUGCUGGAUUUAAGGCAUACUGGACAAGACUUCUGGAGAAUGUGGUCUGGAGAUAGGGCCCAUGGGUACUCAAGCACUCUGAUGGCACCAGUGGCUGAGGACAGGUCAAAGGCAGAGCAGUCCUUGGCUCCUGUGGUGGUGUUCAUAGAACUUCACCUCAAAGAAAGGACCAUGGAUAGAUUCCUCACCUACCUCAUCAGGUGGGUGGAGGAGAGGAAAGCUUCCAUACACCUGUGCUGUAAGAAGCUGAGGAUUCUUUCAAUGCCCAUGGAAAAUAUUAUGAAGGUCCUGAGUAUGGUGCAACUGGACUGUAUCCAGGAGGUGCAAGUGAAUUGCACCUGGCACCUGUCCACCCUGGCCAUGUUUGCUCCUCUCCUGGGCCAGAUGGGUAAUGUGCAGAGACUCCUUCUCUCCCACAUCCACAUCGCUGCACUUGAGGAGCAGGAAGAGCAGCACGUUGUCCAAAUUACCUCUCAGUUCCUCAGGCUGCACCACCUCCGGGAUCUCCAUCUGGAAUCUCCCUCCUUCCUUGAAGGCUGUCUGGAUGAGAUGCUCAGGUGUCUGACAACCCCCUUGGACAACCUUGCAAUAACUCACUGCCUCCUUUCGGAUUCAGACUUGAGCCAGCUGUCCCAGUGUUCGAACAUCAGUCAGCUAAAGGGACUGGAUCUGAGUGGCGUCUCCCUGACCUACUCUAGUCCUGAGCUACUCCCCGUUCUGUUGGAGAAAGUUGCAGCCACCCUCCAGGAACUGUACUUAGAUCAGUGUGGGAUCAUGGACUCCCAUCUUGAGGCCAUCCUUCCUGCCUUGAGCCAUUGCCCCCAGCUCAUGUUCUUCAGCCUGCGUGGAAACCUCAUCUCCAUGGUCAUCAUGGAGAAACUUCUGCGACACACCUCCGGGCUGCCCAGUUUAAGUCAAGAGCUGUAUCCUGUCCCUCAGGAGAGUUACAGCUCUCAGGGAAUCCUCCAACCUGGGAGAAUUGCACAGUGUCGGGCUGAACUGUUUGAGAUUCUGAGAGUCUUAGGACGUCCCAGGAUCAUCUGGAUUAGUUCCAGCCCCUGUCUGCACUGUGGAGAUAACACAUUCUAUCAUCCCCAGCCCAUCAUAUACUGCUGAAAUACCCCUAACUACUUGGGUGCGUCUAUCAAAAGCUUUCUUCUGAGCACUUGGAAACUGAAAUCUAGGACAUAGUUGAAUCAUAAAGGGAAAACAGACCCAUGGUUUCAGACAUCUGUUCAAUAUGAAUAUGAAAAGAAAAAGUGAUUAAGCGAGGGUGCAGAAUUGCAGAGGGAAAAGUUAACUCUGAGAGGUAAUAGGCCUUUAGGGGACAUGUGUCCUAUAGAGUCAGAAAUAUGAAUCUAAAUUUCUUUAGGUGGAUUCCAGCUUGAGACACAUAUGUUGGAGUUCUCCCUGGGUUGAUUUUGUAAAGAAAUGGUCAGA